AUGAUGUUUUCUGAAAAAUUUAAGUCUACCGAAGAAUCUGUAAAAAAUGUUGGUACAGGAAUCUAUUCCAGUCUCCCUGAGUGGGUUAGAAGUAUUGGUGACUACAGUUAUGAUAUUGCAUCAAGAUACCAAAUUUUAAAAGAUUUUGCCUUUGCCUUUGGAGCCCUGUUCGUAUUUCCGCUUUUACUUUUUAUUAGUUGGUCUAUUGGAUCACUUGUCACGACCGUUAUCAUAUGGGCAGUUGCAUACGCCGCGAUAAAUGGUUUCUUAAUCGGAGGCGCCCUCCUUGUGCUCAUACCUGUGUUUAUAAUCACGUUAGUCACAGCGGCGACUAUUACUAGCAUCACCACUAUUUGUAGAGGAACCGUAUGGACUGUACGACUAGGAGAGACAUUUACGCGCGUUAGGACAAGUGGCAAUACUAGUGAGGAAGUUUUUGCGGAAAAUGGUGAUGUGUUUGAAGAAAGUAUGUACGAAGAAGAUAUGAAACAAUUGGAAUGUGCGAACACAAUGAAACGAUUGGUGUUUAUAGAUAAAUUGAAUAGGUAUUUUAGUAGAGCAAAAAGAGUUCCUGGGGUGGUUAUUACCGAGAUGAUUAAGCUUUCACCUUACCAUGCGCUUGUUUUUAUUUGUUGUGUUCUUUUAGCUAAGGCAUGGUAA